GGACCGAGCUCUAGUAGUUCAAGAUGGCGGACGAAGAAGGCGAAAAAAGAAAAGCUAAGCGCCACACAAAAAAGAAAAACGCAAAAAGAAGUUCAACAGAUGAACAUACCGACGGCGAAGAAAGCAGGAGGAAUACUCUGGAAGCAUCCAUUAAGGCUCAGGUUGCGGCAGAGCAGCGUGCACACCAGAUUGUUGAAAAACUUGUUCUAGAAGAAUUUGCUACCCCAGAAUAUUUCCUGGAGAUUGGAAACUACAUCACCCAUAGACAUUAUUCAGAUGUUGUGACUGAAAGAUUCAUUAUUAAGAUUUGUGGAUAUCCACUCUGUCCAAAAUCAUUAAUCAAUAUUCCAAAACAGACAUUCAAAAUCUCCACAAGGACAAAUAGGGUCUACGAUAUUACCGAAAGAAAGUGUUUUUGCAGCAACACCUGCUACAAAGCCUCAAAAUUUUAUGAAUCACAACUUGACGAGUCACCUAUAUGGACAAGGAGUCGUGCAGGUUUGAAAGAGUUCACCCUGUUAUGUGGAAACAAAACUUCAAUCAGUCCUGGAAAUGUCAUACUUGGAAGUGGAUCUCUUGCAGCUGAAACCAUGAACAGCCCUAAAGGUGAAGUAACCACAAAUAUUGGGUAUGGUAAAGAAGCGACUGAUGGAGAUUGCGUGACUGAUGAUCACAUGAUCGGCGUGAAGCAUGAUAAUGAUGACGCUACAGCGCAGGUGUCAAAUGCAUUUGAUAAGUUAUCUUUGUCAUCUGAAGUUGGCCCCAGGACAAUGAGUAAGAUUGAAAUAAAGGAAAAAUCUGUUGGGCAAGAUCAACAGUAUAUUGAAAAGAUGUCAACUGAAGAAACUAGAAAGACUCGUUCUGUGAAUUACAACGAAAAUAGCGUGACAUCUGUCGAUCCAUCAUGUGUGACGUCAAUGAAUUCAUUUGACAAUAAAUCGACUAGCGUCACGUCACACAGUGACCUCUUGACUACUUGCGUGACAAUGCAUGAUGCGGGCAUAUCACGCGAUGACCUCUCGUCUACUAGCGUGACAUGGGGAGGAGCCAUGCAUACGGAAAGCACUACCUCUCAGGCAUUCUUGGACUCGGUCAAGGAAAUCUUCUUGCAGUGGUGGACCGAGAGGAGCAUAUCGUUCAUGGCGACAUCAAGCAGAACUUGCGAAGAGAAAGAAGAAAAGGGUUCUACCUUUGAAGAGAAAGCCUUGCACUUCAUUACUCAUGCCGAGAACAGUGAUAGCGAGGAAGAUGAGGACACAACUCUGCCAAAAAAAGAGAACUCCACAACAAGCGAAGUUCGCCCAUGUGUGCUACCUCCAAUUGAUAGCAAGUCGCAGCAAGUGAUAAGAAAGAGGAUAGUACUGCAGACGCUGAAUAGGGUGCUGCCAGAAUUUCUUCAUAGCCUCGGCGUCACUGUCAGUGACAUAUCUUCAGACCUUGCGCAACUCGUAAAGACAUUUCGUUUGCUGAGCCAGAAUACGAUGCUAAAGACUCUGCAGUGGAACGUCGUGGCAGUUGUUCUCAUUCUCAUGCUCCGACAUCGGAACAAGAUAAUCAAAGAGAGACUUGAGACAACACCCGAUCCAAAGAGCGCUUUGCUUAAGGGACUGGGACUGGCGAAUGAAGAAUUCGAUCCGUUUUUUCUCGCCUUGGAAAAGAAAUUACUUGACAAGGGACAUUCUUUGACUGAUCACCAAUCCACUUCUGACAUACCACGUACUCAGACACACAAGGUCGAGCAGGAACUGGGCACUGCAUUGCACGAGCGUCGUGAACAUGGAAAUGUUGGGACGUUUGUGGAAUUCAGAAUUGAAAAUAGUGCUCGGACACAAAAAACUGAGGAAAAACCGGUAACUAGGCAUAAAAAGGGAGAAGAUGAUUGGCCAAUGGGCAUUAAUCAUGGUAGCGCAUGCGUGGAAAAAUACAGUGAAAUGGAAGAUUUGGAUUAACAGGGAUUUUACAGCCUAGUCUAUGAAGCCACUCUCGGGGGCGUCGCGCGAUACAUGUCGCCUGCAAGUCUCCUAGUUUAGCCACCCAGAGAGACAUGGUAGCACGCGCAGAAUCUUGUAGCCGCGACAAAGAAAUGUUUCUCUACAAAAUUUGUCGCGCACUACAUGUUUUUUGCGGUGGCUAAACUAGGAACAUUAAGGAGACGUGUCGCACGCUCCAUGUCGCGCUCGACAUGUCGCCUCGUUUAGCCAGGCCUUUAGAGUAAAAAAAUAUAUAUUUGCGUAAAAGCGACAUUUGCUACAGGUAGAACGAGUCCACACUUAGCUAUGUUACCAUGGCAUUGUUGUCAAACCUUUCUUUACUGGUUGGAAGAAUAAUGUUGAACUGAACGUUACUUAGAUAUUACACUCCCAUUUAAAUAAUAUAUUGUCCUUCUUAAGUAAAUUGUACUACUUGUGGAAAAUUGAAUAAUACUAUUGUGUAUAAACUACUGACUACAUAUUUGUACUGAUGUGCUGAGAAACAUUUUAUAACAUUUUCCA